AUGCCCACAACUGGAGUGCCGGUUCCUGGACGAAAGGCCAAUGGAAGGGAACCGAGGGAGGCCUCGCGGGCAGGCUGGGUCGGCGAGGAGCGGUCAGAGAUCCCCAAGCUGAGGAGUACCUCAAGGGUGGUUGACCACAUCAGGCCUGUGUCUUCCUCCCUGGAGCAUAGUUUUGUUCCAGAAGAGGUUUUCCGAAGCCUGACCUGCGCCAGCAGCUCUCUCUAUAGCCCAGAGCAUGUAUGGUUCCUGCAAACCACCAAAACCCCGGUGGGCUUCAGGGGCUGCCUGCAAACCCCAGAUCGGCUUUGGCAUUAUCCUAAUCGUCGGAGCAAGUUCAGACACCUGACAGACCACCCUGUCAGUUUGACGGGCGCUGGAAGGGAUGUCUCUUACCUGUGUGACACUGCGACUGGCCAAGAAGCUAAGAAAGCAAUAACUGGUAGAAGCUCUUUUGCUGAGAGUCGUCAGGACCAGAGAUGGAGCUGUGAUACAGUCCCACGUACUCCUCGAGCAACCCUAGCAGAUAGUCUGGUUCCCAAGGAAUUUCAUAUCAUGAAGAACAGGGGAGUUUUGCCCUUGAAGUACUGCGAUGAUAAAUACACAACACUGCUUGAAGACCGUGAAAAGAAACUACAGCUGUUCCCAUCCAUGAAACCUUCUGGGAGGUUCAAGGUCAUCCAGCUGAUGGAGGUGAUGGACAGCAUGUUGGAAAAAGCUGGAGUAGACAAGCUAAUCAGAGUAACAGGACCUUCACAGCUGCACAACUUGCUGGAGCUGAUGAAGGCAGAGCAGAACAUCUACAACAUCGUUUUCCAUGAGCUGAUUCAGCAGGUCAGCGUGGACUGCGUGGAGAAAGGACAGCUGCUUUCAAAGCUCAGGCAGAGGUACGUGGGUCUCCUGGUGCGGAUUCCUGAACAGAUGAAGACCCUCUACAAAAAGUUGAUGGUACAGCAGCUGGUUGACAGACAUAUUACAGAAGAACUACUUUAUUUUAAAGAAUCUGUUGGACAGCUGGCCAGCACGCUGGAGGUUCGUUGGUGGGGGACUGCAGAAAGGGGUUGGUGGAGCAACGUGCGUGCACUGGAAGAGGAGGCCUUCAAGAUGCCUUUCACCCCUACACGAGCUGUACGAGUACAAGAGCGUGACCGCCAGGUGACCAAAGAAGCAGAAAAAGCUCAAGAGGAGCUAGCUACAGCCAUGCAGGAGGCUAAGGCAAAUGCAAACCUUUUGGAAGAGUAUCGGGAGUUAUACGAGUCACAGAGAAGACGACUGGAAAAGCAAGUUCUGCUGAUAGCCCAAGAGAGAGACGUUUGGAGCUCAGCUGCAUAUGACCUGGCUCUGAAGAUAGUAGACAGAAACCAGCUCACGUUGGUUCACAGGCUCCAUGUUAGUGGAAAGACACUGACCAACUUUCUCAAGCAUUUCAUAGUCCUCUUGGCCCCAAAGGACACGGAAGACCUGGCUGAUCUGCGGGAAGAGACCGAGCAGUUCAGGGAGAGGUUGGGUCACAUUGGAGCAGAAAUAGAGCGUUCCAAGGAGUCCAGCCAGGGAAAAUUGCAAAUUAUCUGCAGCAGCCUCAACAAGUGGCUUCAGUACUUCCAUAGCAGUGACUUCUCCUCUCCGAUGAAUGAAAAGCUACUGGAUGAAAUCCUACGAGAUAUCAAGAACUUGAUAAAUAUGCUAAAAGAAGACCUAGAGCAGUACGGAGGGGAGGUGCAUCUAAGGAAGACUGAAAGUCUCAGGAGCGCUGCCAGCCUGCAGGAGCACUGCACGGAGCUGGGACAAACACUGCUGAAUCGACAGCGGGACUUUGCUGGAGCGUUGCCUUCACAGCACGCUGCCCUGGAAGAAAUAAACCAAAGGGCAUGUGAACUCUACUGGCAAUACAAUAUAAGGAUAAGUGGGAAUAAUGGCGCAGCUAGGUUUUUGACAGCCUUGGUGAGAAAUAUGGAAGAUUGGUUAUUCAAGGCGCAAAAGCUGAAGCGAGGUUCUGGCAUGCACGAAGCUGAGCUGCGGGCAUUUUAUCACAAGAUUCCUGUAUGGCUGGCCCAGGUAGAUACAGUGAUGAGCUGUAUAGGCUCCAGCCAGUUGCAUGAAGUGGAGAGUGAUAAGAAAUCUCAUUUCCCGGUGGUAGCUAGAGAAUUUUUUCAGAUGAUUCAGCAAUGGAUUCUGUCCAUGAAUUCUGAGGUUGAGAAGAACAUCAUGCAUCUUAACAAAAAAGUAACUGAACUGCACAGAAACCUGACCCUGUGGCUGGUGAAUUUGCUGUGACACAUGACAGCAGAGCGCUUGUCCUGGGAGUCUCCCCAGCGGCAAGAGUCAGACACCGAGAUGGAUGAGGAGCUCAGACUUCUGGGGGCUUGUGAGCUGCAGCAUGAAGCUGAAGAGCUGGUUGCAGAGAUGGGCAGACUCUCUGGUUCUAUAGUCAGCUGCUACCGCAAGAUUGUCAAUGCAACCGUUCAAAAGGAAAGGGUCAAGACAGAUUUAGAAUCUGAUCUUGAGCUGGAGGAGCUGAACAAGAUCAAGUCUGAGUGCUGUAACUGGAUUCAAGCGUGUAGUCUUCUCCUUUCAGAGAUCAAAGGCACUUUGGUCUCCUUUCUGGAUUUAGAAGAACUGAGAAACCUCUUUGGAUCAGAGGAACUGCAGUUGAAGUUCAAGCUUAAGGACACUCUAAUUUCUUCAACUCAGGAAGAGCUUGAAGCUGAAGAUGUCAACAGCGGUAGGAAACCUGUAACAGAGGAAGAAACAUCAGAAGUAAAGGAGGAAAUUGCUAUUAUGCAGCAGCAGCCAGGUGCUGGUAUGGAUUAUCUGACUGAGGAAAAUGAAGGUACUGCAGACAUGAUCAGAUAUGUAGGGCAUGACUCCGACAUCCACCUGAAGUCAGACAUCGUUUCAGUUACAGGGAGGGACGUGACUGCCACGAAGUCGUCGACUCCCUUUUCUCAGAAAGAGUUUGAAGCCCUCACAAUGCUGGAACAUCUGCAAGUGCAGCUGCUAGAAACAGAGAUCCGUGCUCAGAAAGCAGAGGAGAGAUCUGAAGGUCUUGAAGAGAAGCUGAAAGAAGCUCUGCAGAGAAUCAAAGAGCUAGAGUGUGAGCUGGAGAAAGAGGGGAAAGUCAUCCCAGAAGCAACGCACAAAGAAGGGCAAGAAAAAUAAUUCCAAGAAAGCGUCUCAGAAGUUGAGGCCCGUUCAAGUCCCAAAGCUUCUACCUCUGGCCAGUCCAAAGGAUCCAGAAAAAGCAAAUAUUAA